AUGAGAACGUACGAAGGCGGAAAAUCGCGCUCCAAUUUCCCAUACAUGUUGGAUGAAGCCAACAGCAAGCAUCUUGACAGGAAAGUAGAACAGGUAACCAAGCAAACUCCUACGGAAAAUCAUCGUCAUGACACCGACGUUAGCGAUGAGUCUGAUGACAACGCUUGCUGCGCUGCUCCCAGAGGAUAUCAUGAAAAUGGCGGAGAAAGUUCUGACGCCGGACCGUUGAUACUAAACACAGUAGCCGCUGAUCGAAAAUGUCCGUCGCAGCCUCAAGCAAGUCAAGACAACUUUAGCAUACUGUACGAAAUAUUCCCACGCGAAUCGGUGGAUCGCCUGUUGAGCGAACGCCCUGGAGAAAAUAAUGUUGAGCUUCUUGCGGCCCAGCUCGUCGAUUGCGUGGAAAUAUCGGACCAUCAGGUCGCCGCUUCUGUUGAUGAACUGUAA